UCCCUCAUCCACAGCAGCCCGCCCAGCCUCGAGUGCUGAGCCGGGACCUGCCCUGCAGUUGCGCAAGUGGUGCUGCGGAGCUAUAAGAGGGGCUGGCAGGCAUGGAGCUCCAGAAGAAUCCCGGUACCAGCAGCUGCGAGGCCCAACAAGCUCAUCCUGGGAAGGAAAAUGCGCUGUGGACUUCUGUUCCAGCUCCUGGGGCUUUGGCUCUACCUAUCCUAUGUUCAAGCUGUGCCCAUGCAAAAACUCCAGGAUGAUGCCAAGUUCCUCAUCAAGACCAUUAUCAACAGGAUCCGUAACAUUUCACACCUGCAGUCGGUGUCCUCUAAACACAAAGUCACUGGUUUCGACUUCAUUCCUCUUUCCCCAUACCUGAGUUUACCCAAGAUGGACCAGACAUUGACACUCUAUCAAAAGGUCAUCACCACCCUGUCCUCCUCACACACAGCGCAAAUAUCUAACGACCUGGAAAAUCUCCAGAGUCUUGUCCAAAUGAUGGCCUCCUCUAAGGGCUGCCCUCUGCCACACACCACGGAGCCAGAGCUGCAGGACCUGGAGAGUACCCUCAAAGAGUCACGGUACUCCAUAGAGGUGGUGGUCCUGAGAAGGAUGAAGAGAUUUCUGCUGGAAAUGCUGCGGCAGCUGGAGCUUGGCAUUGUGUGCUGAGGCCUUGAGGCUGCUCUAUGGAAGGAAGAAACCUUGUCUUCCAGGUGCCUCUGGGAGAAGAGAUCCUUGGACAGACAUCCCUUAUCCAGAACCUCGUCCAUUUCUCUCUUCUAAGCUUCCCUUCCUAAGGCAUAAGACCACACUGCUUGAUACCAAAGAUAUAUACACAUGAUUCUGUGCUCACCAGAAAGGGGGCUGAUCCAAUAAACACUGUAUUGCACUGGCAAUUUUCACCAAAUUCUUUAGCCACCAGUAGGAGUCAUCUGUCCUCUUUUGGUUCCAUUUUCUAUGUAUGUUUCAGUGUAAUCAAGGGUGAUUUCAGGAACUGGGCAGAUUGAGCCUUUGUUUUGAGUAAGAUUCCACCUGAAAGUUCUGGGGCACACCAUGAAGGCUGCAUUCACAUUCAGCUGGAAAUUCCCAACCAACACAAAUCAGAAGCACUUGCUUAUAUAUUAUGCAUUUUACCUUUAAUGGAUUUGAAACAAAGUACUGUACCAGCUUUUCCAGGCUUUGGGGUCAACCAGGUCUGGGGAUGCCCCUGAGAUGUUGGUUCUAAUCCCAUUGAUGAGCCUGGCUAAGGCAACCCCACUUUGAGUGACUGGAUGAUUGCUAUUGUUUGAGCAAGAGCCAGUUGAAGUAGCUCUUAAAUUAUUUCUUUAUAGACUAGUUUUGUUUUACUGUGACUGACAUCACAGUGCAAUUUUCACAAUGGUAUUGCCCUGAGAGAAUACCCAAGGCUAGGUUAUUUUAAAAAGAAGGUGAGCUGGGAAUAUUGGUGAUAUAACUCAGUGGCAUAGAACCUACCUAGCAAAUGUGAGGUCAUGAGUUCAAUCCCCAGUACCAAAAAAAAAAAAAAAAAAGGUGAAUUUCAUCAAAAGUAAAAUGUACUUGUGUGUGCAGCGUUUGGGGGGUAUGUUAGUGGGAAAGAAGAGGAUUGGAAUAUAUUUUCUGAGUAACAUUUGUGUGGUAGGUAGGCCUUUUGGAAGAGGUAAAGUCAUUUCCUCAUCUUCUGCAACCACUAGGGUGCUUUCCAUGAAAAGAAGGAGAUGUUUCUCCCAGGGGAUUGUGAGGUUUGCGUGGUGACCCCAGAGAGAAGGCCAAAGGUCCUUUGGUGGUGUGGUGCUGGCUCAGGAGUGAGGAUUCCACACUAGAGACAGUAAUUCCCAGGACAUGGUCCAUGGUGUAGCUCUGCAAAUGGCUCAGAAGUGACACUUGGGGUUUCCAGCUGAAUGUGAAUGCAGCCUUCACUUGGGGUUUAUAACAUGGCAGUGUCUCUAUUUUGGAUUUGCAUGCAAAUUGUUUUUCUCAUCUGAUUGGCUCAUCUAAAAAAAGGCCAUAUUACCCACCCAUUCUGUGGCUAGUUUUAUUCCAGUGGGAGAGUGAAAUCCUUUAGCAGAUGGUCCAGCGCCCUGGGACUGCUGGGUGAGUGUCAAGGACCUGGGCCAAGCUGCCAGUUUGCCCUUCUGGCUGGAGGUCAUGCUCAGAAAGCAGAACAAGGAGGGUUGAGUUUUUCCACCAUCAAGGAAGAUUGAGUUUUUCCACCAUCCUGCCUCUGUGAUGUCACCAUCACACUGGUGGGAGAUCUGUCCAUGGAAACUUGAAUCAAUGCAAUAAUACACUUUAAGACUGAGCUCUUGCUUUGUGCUCAGCCCAGACUGGUGCUGUGGGCUAGAGAAGCUCACCGAAUAAACAUGGGAAGCAGAGACUUGCAUCCCCAUGCUAAAGCCCCCUCGCCAAUGUGCCGUAGUAGACAUAGCGCCUUGAUGGUGCCAGGUAGCCGAAAGCACAGUGCUAAUCUCCAGUAGGUGAAAAAUGGCAUGAGAUGAGAGUGGUGGUGCCCAAGGGCCCACAGGUGACACCGCUUGCACUCUGUAGUAUUUGUAUACUCUUCAGGGCACAUCCUGUUGUCAUGGGAUUACUAAAACCUAAAAAAUAAGGAAAUAUAGGCUGAACACAGCUUGGAAUCUGAAAAUAUUUCUGUGUGUCUAUACCUUAUAUACACAGACUCAAGGUAAUUCUCUGCAAUAUUUUUAAUAAUUUUGCACAUGAAACAGUUUUUCAUAGUGUGAACUUUUCCAAGAGUGGUAUCAUAUCAUUACUCAAAAGGUUUGGAUUUUGGAGUAUUUCAGGUUUCAGAUUUUCCAAUAAGGGAUGCUUAGCUUGUACCUGAGACUGUAACAGCCAACAGGUGGAAGGAUCAGGCCCAGGCCCUCUGAUUCCCCGAGUGUCCCUUGAGUGAGGGAGUGCUCUCUGGAUAGAGACUAGAGCAAGUGAGACCAUGAGGAGUUUGGAGAUGGAAUUUGAAGAAGGUGAGGGAUGAGGAUUGUCUGCAGGAAGAGGCUGGUUUUGCUGAAAGCUUGGUGUAUGGAGGAGACCGAGGUGAAAAUGUGAGUAGCAAGUGACAGCAAAAGACAGAGGACAAAGAGAUGGCAGAGAAAGAGACCUGUUAAAGGGACCUUGAAGGAUGCAAAAGUUGGGAUAUUAAAAGUCAUGCAUUGUAAGUUCUGGAAAAGAGGUCACAGUCAGACCUGCUCUGGGAAGUGUGGCUCAGUCUCAGAGUGACGCUUGCCAAAUGCAAAUGCUUAUUUUGUUUUGUUUUGUUUUUUAAUGUUCAUUUAAAUAAAGCUACUUUAUCCUCUGG